UCUUUGUUCUCGUUUUGAUUUGUUUUUUUUCAUUCAUAUAAUUCAUUCAUCAAUCAGUGUUAAUAACAACUAGUAAUCAACCGAUAAUAAUGAUGCUGCUAUCGUGUAGGCAUCAUUUCACAUUGUGGACAUUUAUUGCCACCAUUAUUAUAAUCAUUCUGGUACAACUAGUCGAUCAUGGUCAAUGUCAAUUACGGCCAAUAUCAUUGCCGGGAAUAUUUUCGGCCAUUAGAUAUCAGAAUACGGCUUGUGAUGGUGAAAAUGAAGAGACUGGUCUCUGUCUUUACGAGAGUGAAUGUCUGAACCGUAAAGGUGCCGUUAUUGGUCGAUGUGCAAAUGGUUUUGCUGCAUGUUGUUCAUUUAAAUUUACAUGUGGUGGUGAAACCAAUCAGAAUGAAACAUUUUUCGUUAAUAAACAAUAUCCAGGUUAUGAAAACGAGACAAAUACUUGUCAAGUGACCAUUAAAAAAUUGGAAAAUAUCUGCCAACUACGGUUGGAUUUCGAAGAAUUUUCAAUGUCACAACCAGAUGAGAAUGGAUUUUGUACGACCGAUUCGUUUAUGGUUCGUACAACAGUCGGUGAACGUUUACCAAUUAUAUGCGGUGAAAAUGCUGGUCAACAUAUUUAUAUUGACAUGGGACAAGGUAGCAAAAAUCCGGUAGUAUUAUCAAUUGUAACAAAUGGAGCUCGUGUGUUGCGAAAAUGGAAAAUCAAAAUAAAUAUGAUCACUUGUAAUAGUUUGGAUAUGGCUCCUUCUGGCUGUUUACAAUAUUAUCGAUCGGCCACAGAUGUUAUACGUAGUUUUAAUUUUGGACCAAAACUUGAAUAUCGGGCACGAUAUUUAGCCAAUUUACGUUACACAACUUGUAUUCGUACUGAGGAAAAUUUCUGUGCAAUCAAAUGGGAAACUGAAAAUCCAGGAAUGUUUAUGUUUGGUGCACCAUUCGAAGGCAAAGAUAAUGAAUAUAGUGAUUGUUCACAAUCAUUCCCAUUCUUUGGAAUGCAAGGAAAAACCGAAGAUAGUGAACCAGUUAUCAAUUCGACAGCAACACAAAUGACGUUGUAUGGAUUGAAUGAUAAUCAAGAAACUGUUUCACCAUCUGUGACAACAAUGACACCAUCAACAGUGACAGAAAAUUCAUUGAUAAUGGCAGAGAAUCGUGAAGAUAAUAUGUCGGAAAAGAAUAAUCCAACCCUUGAUAAGGAUUCCUUAUAUAUUCAUAGAUGUCAAAACGGUGCCAGUGGUGUUCAAUGUAAUUUCGAUGAUUUUAUUGGUAUCGAUCAAGGAUCGAUCGAAGGUACUGGACAGGGUGAGGAUCGUUUCUGUGGUGCACGAUUGCUUGAACAUGAUUUCAUCAUCUCUCGUUCAAAACCAUUUCAAUUACGAGUACGAUCAAAUGGAGAUCAUUUUAGCAAUGCAAUCAAUUCACAAGCAGGUUUUUCAUUGAAAUAUACUCAACUACCAUGUGUCAUUUAGAGGGAAGGAGGGAAAUGGGAGUGGCAAAAAUUUUCUUUUUCAGUUUUUGAUUGGGUCUGGUCCAAAUUUUUUUUUA